AUGCUCCCGCUCCAGACCAUGGACGGCCCGGUCGUUCUGCCACCGCCAGACCAAUCCAGUGCCCUCGCAAUUGCCGAGGUGGGCGAGAAUCGCAACCAGAAGCCCAAGACAUUGCCUUGCAAGUACUGUAGCAAGCGCUUCAGACGCGUUGAACAUGUCCAGAGACAUGAGAGGACUCAUACCAAAGAGAAGCCCUUCUCAUGUGGCUGGGACCGUUGUGGGAAAACCUUUGGGCGACGCGAUCUUCUCGUCCGGCACGAGAAGCUUGUUCACCUAAACGAAGGGCAUAAAGAUGUCUCCAGGCCAAGGAAGCUCUCUGGCACGUCUAUGCACAAGCCAUCUCUGUCCGAUGGCCAUGUCGACCUCGAUGUCAUGGGGAUUCACCGGCUGCGGCCACCCCCUCCGCCUCCUCCUACCACAACCACACUGCUUCCCCCUCAGCCAUCACCGCCGCAACAGCAGCAGCAGCAUCAGCCCCAGGCGCCUCCACCGCCAUAUCAUCACGGCUCCAUGAGUUCAGAUCCUGGAAGCCAUCAUCUUGGCCAGCAAGAUCCUCAAGCAGCAGCGCGAACUGCAGCUUGCAAUCUUGAUCUCCUUUCUGAUGCUGCGUUGGCAAGCGAGGUCAACACUAUCCAACCCUUGCUCAACGGCAUGCCCCAGCAGCCUCCGACUCACGCUAGAGUCAAGAGUUAUCCGGAUACUAUUGAGGGAUAUGCGGAUCGUGCGCGAGCAGAUCCGCCAAUUCUCGCAGCUGCAUUUGGUCCACAGCCUCAACAACCAGCGUACGAGGAUUACAACCUGUUCCUUGACGAUUACACGACACCGCAGCAUUUCCUCCCUCCACACUUUGAGCCCGACCAACAGAUGAACUUUUUUGCUCGAUCUCCGGCCGUGUUUCAACGUGGGGGCUCAAAGCCGAGUUCACAGCUGCCCUCCCGCUUCGGAUCUCUUGCGCCGGAUGUACAGGAGCCCAGCUCUCGACUACACGAGGAGACUUCGCGCUCGCCCCUACGUAUAUCGGUAGUUGACCACGGCGUCAUAAAGAAUCGUCUGGAAGAGUUCUCGUCUGUUCUACCGACUGAUUUCGUCUUCCCUUCUCGCUAUACGCUCACCCGCUUCUUGGAGGGAUACAUUGGAGGGUUCCAUGAGCAGCUGCCCUUUCUGCAUUUGCCUACGUUGUCGCCCACUGAGAUGGCACCAGAGCUACUUCUUGCCAUCUUGUCCGUUGGAGCGCAGUACAGGUUUGAGAGUAAGAGAGGAUAUGCCCUCUGGUAUGCAGCAAAAGCCAUUGCAAUGGAGCAGAUACGACGAAGACAUAGCUCGGAAAUCCAUGCCCUCUUGCCAAACGCAUCAUCCUAUAGCCCUCACUCGACGCGGCCUUCUCCUAGCACUUCUUACCGGCAUUCCUUUGCUUCAGCGCAAUCAGAGAGACCGAUUACCCAAGACACGCAUCGGGAGCCUUAUUCUCCCAACACGCCCCAGUCUAGGUUGGAAACAAUCCAGGCCGUCUUACUCCUAUUCUCGGUUGGGUUGUGGGGAGCCAAGACAAUCCUAAAUGAGGCACUGUCUUUGCAGAGCACCCUGGCCAUCUUGAUUAGAGAAGAAGGGCUUACUGAAGACAUCAGCCAAGCAAGCGUCACGGAUUGGGAUGCUUGGAUCAAGCGUGAAGGGGCCACCAGGACUAAGCUGAUUGCUUACUCCUUCUUCAACCUUUGCAGUAUUGCAUAUGACUUGCCGCCUCUGUUGGUCACAUCAGAACUCAGACUCUCUUUGCCUCUCCCUGCUAGACUCUGGAGGGCGGAGACUGCUUGGCAGUGGCAAGAGCUGCGGCAGUCUACUCCAAUGGUGGAGAUUACCGUUCACGAGGCCAUUGCUCGGCUGUUUGGCCGAACGAACCAGGGACUGCCAAACCAUCUAUCGUCGCUGGGCUUUUAUGUGCUCAUUCAUGUGCUCAUCCAGCACGUGUAUUUCUUGAAGCAAACUUCGCUGGCGGCCGGCUUGCCGUUUGAAACACAACGCACCUUGAAGCCGGAGGAUGUGGAAGAAGUGACCCAGGCGCUACGGGUAUGGCAUACUACGGUCGAACAGCACCAUUAUCUCCUUGCCACAGGAUCAGGACCCUUUGCCAGUACAGACUUUUCCCCUGGUGGCCUGUUGGCCUACAACGCGACGGCUCUUCUGCGCCUCGCGUACAUUCGGCUAUACAGCGAUGCCCCUCCAUGUAGAGAGCUGCAAACAAGGGACUCGAUGCUGAUGGCAUCAGCCAUGAUUUCCACACCACUGGUUGUGCGCAGCGUGCGACUCCAUGGGGCAGUAUUUCAAGCCGUCCAUGCAUUGUCCAUGCUCGUCAAGGCCGGUGUCAAUUAUGUUGCGAGGACCAAGUCUACAGAAUGGAGUAUACAGCAUUCGCUAUGCAACUUUGAAUGCGCCCUUCUUUUAGCCAAGUGGCUCUUGACGCUGGCGUCUCUCACACCUUCCGAUGCUCCCAUCAGCCUUGAUGAGAGGAACCUCUUGGAAACAGUGAGGAGGAUGCUGGACGAAACCGAAUUCGCCGUCCCCGUUGAUCCAUCUUUGGCUGGCGCAAAUUCCAACCCACAGAUGGAAACAGCAACCACGGACCCGAUGAAGUUGAGGCAGUUGGCGAGUGCGGUAGUACGCCUCUGGGCUGAGACUUUUAAGGGCACGCACAUCUUUGAUAUGAUCAAGACAAUGGGGGCCAGCUUGGACGGAUACGCUGAUUUGGUGGACAAGCCGAGGGAUCGUGUAGCCUUGGCACCAACUGCGAACAUAAAUUGA